AUGCCUUUCGUUCCUUUCUUUCAUUCUUUCUUUCUUUCUUUUUUCGUCUUUCCUUUUUCCUUUUGUCAGUCUUUCCUUUUCUGCUCUAAUUUUCUUUCUGUCUUUUUGUUCUUAAUUUCUUAUUUUUCCUUUUUUUCUUUCUUUUCUUUCUAUUUUCUCUUUUUUUUCUUUGCUUUCUUGAUGCAUUUAUAUUUUCUUUCACUUUCUUUUGUUUUUUGUUUUUUUCGUAUGUCUUCCUUCUUUUUUCCUUUCUUUAUCUUUUUCUCUCCCUCUUCAUUUCCCUCCCUUUUCUUUUUCUCUAUUUUUCUAGUGCUUUUUUCUUUCUUUCUUUUUAACUUUCUCCAUAUUUUUUCUAUUUUUUCCUUUCAUCCUUUUUUUCAUUACUUUUCCUUUCAUCCUUUUUUUCAUUACUUUUCCUUUCAUCCUUUUUUUCAUUACUUUUCCUUUCAUCCUUUUUUUCAUUACUUUUCCUUUCAUCCUUUUUUCAUUACUUUUCCUUUCAUCCUUUUUCAUUACUUUUCCUUUCAUCCUUUUUUCUACAUUACUAUUCCUUUCAUCCUUUUUUCUACAUUACUAUUCCUUUCAUCCUUUUUUCUACAUUACUAUUCCUUUCAUCCUUUUUUCUACAUUUCUAUUCCUUUCAUCCUUUUUCUACAUUUCUAUUCCUUUCAUCCUUUUUCUACAUUUCUAUUCCUUUCAUCCUUUUUUCUACAUUUCUAUUCCUUUCAUCCUUUUUUCUACAUUUCUAUUCCUUUCAUCCUUUUUUCUACAUUUCUAUUCCUUUCAUCCUUUUUUCUACAUUUCUAUUCCUUUCAUCCUUUUUUCUACAUUUCUAUUCCUUUCAUCCUUUUUUCUACAUUUCUAUUCCUUUCAUCCUUUUUUUCACAUUUCUAUUCCUUUCAUCCUUUUUCUACAUUUCUAUUCCUUUCAUCCUUUUUCUACAUUUCUAUUCCUUUCAUCCUUUUUCUACAUUUCUAUUCCUUUCAUCCUUUUUUUCUACAUUUCUAUUCCUUUCAUCCUUUUUUUCUACAUUUCUAUUCCUUUCAUCCUUUUUCUACAUUUCUAUUCCUUUCAUCCUUUUUUCUACAUUUCUAUUCCUUUCAUCCUUUUUUCUACAUUUCUAUUCCUUCUAUCCUUUCUUCGUUUAUUGUACCCUAA